AUGACCAGCACGUCUUCUGCCAAGCAAAAGGCGCUCGAGGCCUACAGCGGCUCCAUCAUCUUUGCCGAAGAGCUGAUGGCCAACGAGGGCGAGUCGCAUGCCAUCGAAGGCCUUGACCCAGACAAGAGCGUGCGCGAUCUUCGGCACCGCAUCGCGCACGCCAUCUACAACCCAGCCAGCUGGUCGACCAUGCAAGUCAUCUUUGCCGGUGAGGUCAUGGAAGAUAUCCAGGGCGAUACCGUCUACUUUAUCCGGUCCGUCGUCGAAGCGCCGCCACCCUACAAUGUCGAACCCGAUGCUCCAGUACAGGUAGCACGAAAGGCGACUGCGCCGGUCCCAGCACCAGCGACGGCUGCCUCUUCCUCCUCUUCGGCGGCCCCCAGCGUCCCCGUCCUCAAAACGCUCUUUUUCAAAGACCUCGACGGCAAGUCGCUCGUUCUCAGCGACGUCGGCAUCGACACGCGCAUGAGCGCCGUUUUCCGCCGCCUCGCCGAGGAAAAGUCCAUGGACACUGAGUGGCUGCGCUUCAUCUGGUCAGGCAAGCAGCUCAACGGCAAUCUGACGGUGCGCGACUACGGCAUCAUGAACGAGAGCACCAUUCACAUUGUGGCCCGAUUGCGCGGAGGUCAUGAUUCUGCCUGA